UUCACUGUUAUAUUAAUAAUCUUGAUUGUGUAAAGGAAGAGCGUCGUCAUCGUGAUGGAAUACAAGCAAACAUCAAUAAAAAGAAUUGUUAUAUUCUGUGGCAAGAGAUAAUAAAGUGGAGAUUAAAUUGUGGUCACGUGCCUUGUUUUUUUUUUCUUUUGCGUACUUGCCGUGUGUUUAUAAAACAGUGGAUGGACAUGGCUGAUUGUGUGUGGUAGUGUGAGAGUGUGUGUGUCUCAGAAGUGCAUUAGUAAAAAAUGAUGGCCCUCGCAAAUGUUACAGCAUGAAUUCCGAGAAGCGGAUAUUUCUGAAAUGUAACUGCAGUUACGCACAAACGACUCGUAAGAAAAGGACGCUAUUACCCAUAUAGACAUGGCUGCAAGAGGAAAACAGUCAUACACAUUAUCAUAGUGCCUUCAAACGACGCCAAUAACCCCGUAGAAAACAAGAUGUUAUCCAGUCUGUAGCCGAAUUGUGAUAUAAGAAUGAAACUGAAAGUGAGGUUAAGGCAGAGACACUUCCGAUGUAUCCCAUUUCUUCUACUUCUCCUUACUCAUUUUUGGUCUGUGGAAACGUUUCAAAAUAAACAAAACUCAACGAUUGGCGAAAAGAGCGAAACCCGUGUUGGUGUCUGCUGCAACGAUACAACUCCCCCACAGUUGGUUAAUAUUAAAUUUUCGUCACACAUUGUACGAAAUGAAUACAUUGUGGCAUUUGAUGGUUACUACAAGACAACUACGAGAGAAAAAUUCAUAGCUGCUGCACUGAAUAAUUCUGGUGUUGAAAACUGGAAGAUACUGCCUCGAAACAAUCCAGCAAGUGACUUCCCUAGUGAUUUUGAUGUAGUAUUGCUAGAUGAAACAGAGAAACUUAAUGGAUUGGAAGCUCUCAGUGACCAUCCAUCUGUGAGACGUGUAACACCACAGAGAGUAGUUCACCGUACUCUCAAAUAUGUGAAUCUCACAGAUGAUCAGCAGCGUAAAUCUGAAUGCACGGGAUCAAACUGCCUUCAACCAACGUGGCAAUCAUCUCGUCAUAUGCGAAGAUCAAGUCUGGCCAUUAAUAAUCAGUUUUGGCAAUCUACAGGCAGGCACACCAGCAGGAGAUUAUUGCGAGCUGUUCCAAGACAGAUUACAAGUAUUCUUCAAGCUGAUGCUCUUUGGAGUAUGGGAAUAACAGGUACUGGAGUAAAAGUAGCUGUUUUUGAUACUGGACUGGCCAAAACACAUCCACACUUUCGGAAAAUCAAAGAACGUACCAACUGGACUAAUGAGAAGACCUUAGAUGAUGGCCUAGGUCAUGGAACUUUUGUUGCUGGUGUAAUUGCCUCAAGUCAAGAUUGCCUGGGGUUUGCACCUGAUUCUGAGUUACAUGUUUUCAGAGUGUUUACAAACAAUCAGGUGUCCUAUACAUCUUGGUUUCUGGACGCUUUUAACUAUGCAAUUCUGAAAAAGAUUAAUGUGCUGAACCUUAGUAUAGGUGGACCAGAUUUCAUGGACCACCCAUUUGUUGAUAAAGUGUGGGAACUCACUGCCAACAAAGUAAUUAUGGUUUCUGCGAUUGGAAAUGAUGGACCAUUGUAUGGGACAUUGAACAAUCCUGCUGAUCAGAUGGAUGUUAUUGGUGUUGGUGGUAUAAACUUUGAAGACCAGAUAGCGAAAUUUUCCUCUCGAGGAAUGACAACUUGGGAAUUACCACAAGGGUAUGGACGUGUAAAACCAGACAUUGUAACGUAUGGAUCAACUGUUCGUGGAUCAAGUAUCAAGGGAGGAUGUCGUACUCUUUCAGGAACUAGUGUUGCCUCUCCAGUUGUAGCUGGAGCUGUAACGCUUCUUAUGAGUGGUGUCUUACAUCGAGGAAAUGUAAUAAACCCAGCCAGUAUGAAGCAGGCGCUAAUGGCAUCUGCUCGUAGAUUACCUGGUGUGAAUAUGUUCGAGCAAGGACAUGGGAAGCUUGACUUGUUGAAGGCAUUUCACAUACUCAACAGUUACAAGCCACAGGCUAGCUUGAGUCCAAGCUACAUAGAUCUCAGUGAGUGCCAGUACAUGUGGCCAUACUGCACACAACCGCUCUACUACGGGGCCAUGCCAACCAUUGUAAAUGUGACCAUUCUUAAUGGUCUGGGUGUCUCAGGUCGGGUGACAGAGGUACGGUGGCAUCCGUAUACUCCACAGUUUGGACACCACCUUGAUGUGUCAUUAACACACUCUGAACUUCUGUGGCCAUGGUCCGGCUGGCUGGCAAUCAGUAUUUCUGUUGCAAGAGCAGCUGCAGGUUGGGAAGGAAUUGCACAGGGACAUAUAACAGUCUCAGUAGAGUCACCACCUGAAGAUGGAGAGACAGAUUCUCGACAUUCUUCUGUUAAUCUGUCCAUCAAGGCUAAAAUUGUGCCAACACCACCACGUCACAAACGUAUAUUGUGGGAUCAGUAUCAUAAUUUACGGUAUCCCUCAGGAUAUUUUCCUCGUGAUAAUCUACGCAUGAAGAAUGAUCCAUUAGAUUGGAAUGGUGAUCAUAUUCACACAAAUUUCAAGGAUAUGUAUCAACAUUUACGCAACAAUGGAUACUAUGUGGAAGUAUUAGGGUCUCCUUUUACAUGUUUUGAUGCAUCUCAGUAUGGUACAGUCUUACUAGUUGAUGCAGAAGAAGAAUAUUUCCCUGAAGAAUUUGCUAAACUAAAAAGAGACGUGGAUAAUGGACUUUCUCUCAUUGUAUUUGCAGAUUGGUACAAUGUUACAGUAAUGAAGAAAGUAAAGUUCUAUGAUGAAAAUACAAGACAGUGGUGGAUGCCAGACACGGGUGGAGCAAAUAUACCUGCAAUUAAUGACCUGCUGUCUUCGUGGGGAAUUGCCCUUGGAGACAGAGUCUUUGAAGGCCAGUACACCAUUGGUGACCAUGACAUGUACUAUGCUUCUGGUACAUCCAUUAUUAGGUUUCCAGAAAAUGGAACUGUUAUAUUUCAAAAGCUGAAAGACCAAGGGCAUGAAGUACUUGUAGAAGAUUCCAGUGUGUCAGAGAAUGUGCCUAUUCUGGGAUUGCUUCAAACAAAGGCUUCAGAAAAAAGUGGCCGCAUUGUGAUCUACGGAGAUUCAAACUGUUUAGAUAACAGUCACUUGGAGAAAGAUUGUUUUUGGAUGUUAAGUGCCCUUCUGGAAUUUACAUCAACUGGGCACCUUCCCACAGUUUUCAAAGAACGCCAAACAGAAUUCAGAAAUAAGGCAACAGACCUUCCACAGAGAAUGGAGGGAAACCAUCUCCACAGGUAUUCCAAAGUUUUGGAAAAUCGUAUGGGAAGUCUACAAACAAGAGACCUGCCACCUUGCCCAACUCUUGUUUGGGCACAGCCAGUUCCACUGAAUCAAUCUGCUCCAACGUACUAAAUGAAAGUUAAGUUGGCAGAAUACUUAUACUGGAAUGUGAGAGUAACAGUGUUCAAACCGAAUGAUGAAAAAUAAAUAAAUAAAUAAAUCGUCUCCUGUGUCUGGACAAAUGCAACAUGAAAUGGAUGGAAAUUAACUAAAAUUGGUUACAAAACUUUGUUUGCUAUGUCACAAUGAAGCUUUUAGAAUCAGUUUUAAUAAUAUUGCUGAAAUGGCACUGUGAAGGGAAAAAUAACAGACAAAGGUGAUCUUUCCAAAUAACAUAAACUACACAAAUAUUGUAAUACAAAAUAAAUGGAAAUACACUGGAAAAACUAAAACGUUUUGUUCAUUAAUGUAGUUAGUUUGGAGUCCCAGUGCUGACUAUUGUCUAAAUCGUACACCGACUCUCCUUCGUAAAUCAAUCGACAUCAAGAAUUUAUAUUGUUAUAUUACUGCUCGACUGUAACAAUCACGCAUUGAUGUGAAACUGAUUUCAUUUUAUGAUUGAUGAGUUCCUUAUAGUAUUGUGUCUGUGUUUUAUUCCUUACUUGGUGCAAAACAGUUUUACUGUGUUUUGUGUAAUGGUAACUAUUGAUAGUAAUCUUUCCUGAAGUCUGCUGAAACUUGUGAGAGAGAAAUAUUAGCCUUUGCUGGUAUGAACAUGAACAUGUCCAUUGGUGUUAAUGCUUUGCUGGUGGAAUUUUUUUUUUUAAGGAAUAUAAUUUUAGGCAGAAAGCUCAUCAUAUUUCACUUGAACUGUUUGAGACACACUAGAAUUAAACUUCGGUUCUGUAUU